AAGAAUUUCGGAUUUUUCCAGGGUGGAGAAGGCACAAGGGAAGUCUUCCAUCCUGCUCGAAAUCUGCUCGAAAGUGCAGUAGAGAAAGAGAUCGAGAUAGAAAACUUGAGUUGAGUAGCCGAAUGUGCUGCGAGGGUUAGAGAGAGAGAGAGAGAGAGAUCUAGUAUUCAAUGCAGCGAUCGCCGAGCCUUCCCGCUCUCUGAUCUGCCGCAUCGGAGUCCUUGUCCGCGUCCCAGACGCCGCUGACGCCGCCUUUAUAUGGGGGGAGGAGCAAUAGUGGACGGUGUCCGUCGCUGGUUCCAUCGCCGAACGCAUAGAUCCUCCGCCGCUGCCUCUCUCCUGAACGACGAUCCGGCCUUCGACGAGUCCGGUGAGGAGGGGGACGAAGAGGAGCUCCGGAUCGUCGAGGAUUCGGACCUCAUAGGCCUCCCCCGCAUCCGUGUCCCCAAGCGCUUUAAGAUGCCGCCGAUCGAACAGCCCUACAAGAAGAGCAUGCUUGACAAUGAAUUUUUCACGGAGUAUGGCGAAGCUAGCCAAUAUCAGAUACAGGAGGUUAUUGGCAAGGGAAGUUAUGGUGUGGUGGCCGCUGCUAUUGACACUCACACAGGAGAGAGGGUUGCCAUAAAAAAAAUAAAUGAUGUGUUUGAGCAUGUUUCUGAUGCUACUCGUAUCCUCCGAGAGAUUAAGUUGCUACGACUUCUCCGGCAUCCUGAUAUUGUUGAAAUUAAGCACAUAAUGCUUCCUCCUUCUCGGAGAGAAUUCAGAGACAUAUAUGUCAUAUUUGAGCUAAUGGAAUCAGACCUUCACCAAGUUAUUAAGGCCAACGAUGAUCUCACUCCAGAACAUUAUCAGUUCUUCUUAUACCAGCUUCUUCGAGCUCUAAAAUAUAUCCACACAGCGAAUGUGUUCCAUCGCGAUCUAAAGCCCAAGAAUAUACUUGCUAAUGCAGACUGCAAACUGAAAAUUUGUGACUUUGGUCUUGCCCGGGCAUCAUUUAAUGAUGCUCCAUCUGCUAUCUUUUGGACUGAUUAUGUAGCAACUCGAUGGUAUCGUGCCCCGGAGCUAUGUGGUUCUUUUUUCUCUAAAUACACACCAGGAAUUGACAUCUGGAGCAUAGGCUGUAUAUUUGCUGAAAUGCUAACUGGAAGGCCAUUAUUUCCUGGAAAGAAUGUGGUUCAUCAGUUGGAUCUGAUGACUGAUUUUCUUGGAACACCUUCUGCUGAAACCAUUGCUAGGAUUCGAAAUGAAAAGGCAAAGAGAUAUCUUAGCAGCAUGCGGAGAAAACAACCAGUUCCAUUCUCGCAGAAGUUCCCAAAUGUUGAUCCACUGGCGCUUCGUUUACUAGAGCGUCUACUAGCAUUUGAUUCAAAAGAUCGACCUAGUGCUGAAGAAGCUUUAGCAGAUCCAUACUUCCGGGGUCUUGCAAAUGUAGACAGGGAACCAUCAACACAGCCGAUCUCCAAACUUGAAUUUGAAUUUGAAAGGAAGAAAUUGACAAAAGAUGAUGUAAGAGAACUAAUAUACAGAGAGAUUUUGGAGUACCAUCCCCUGAUGCUACAGGAGUAUCUUCGAGGUGGAGAACAGACUAGCUUCAUGUACCCCAGUGGAGUUGAUCGUUUUAAACGCCAAUUUGCACAUCUGGAAGAGCAUUAUGGCAAGGGUGAAAGAAGUUCUCCUCUGCAGCGACAACAUGCAUCUUUGCCAAGGGAGAGGGUUUGUGCAUCAAAAGUUGAAACUACUGAUCAGAAUAAUGAUUUCGAGAAGAGGACUGCAGAAUCUGUUGCCAGAACCACCCUUCAAAGCCCUCCCAGAUCACAAGUAGAACCAGACAAGACAUCAGUCAUGGAAAAUGGGGUGAAUAAACCAAAUACAAGUGCCCGUAGCUUGCUGAAGAGUGCUAGUAUUAGUGCAUCCAAAUGUGUAAAUGUCGAAGGAAAAUUGGAUAUAGAGGAAGAGCCUAUACCAGAACACACAGAUGAGUCCAUGGAUGGGCUGUCGGAUAAGGUCAGGGACUUGUGCGCCUAAUCACCUUGGAUUCUGAUUGAAAACACCAAUUGGCAGAAGCCAUCUUCUGCUAGGCAAUUUGCAUGCUCUGUUGUAUCUUUAGGUGUCUGAAACUUGAAAAGAUUCAGGUUUUACACCAAGCAUUAGUUAUUUUAUUAGAUGUCUUUGAGGAGACUACAGCAUUCACUACUUCCUCUGCUGUAACUGAUAAUGGCUUCAAGAUCUUAUUCAAAAUAGCGACCCUCCUAAUUGAAUCGAUAACCAUAUAUACAUCCUUGUAUUUUGCUAGUGUAAGAGUUUGAAAACACAUUGUUGUCAUGAAAAUAGAAUUGUUUUCUGCUAAA